CUAUCCUUUAGGAAAUCCUUGACGCGAAAACUGGUUCAUACUUCAUAGCUCAAACUUCCUCAAUACAGCAGUGAUCAUUAUAACAACCCGUUGAACCUUUCCUUCUGCUCUCUCACUAUGGAUCUAGACGACCGAUCCUUAGACGAUAAGACGGCGUCACAGCUAAAGACAUUACAUUUAGCCCAUGAUAUCAAAGUCCAACAGCUGAACCCCGAUUCGCCUCUGCAGUCUGCCACCACGUUCGAGCAACUACAACUGAGAGAAGACCUUCUUCGAGGUGUAUAUAAUAGUGGUUUUUCAGUGCCAUCCAAGAUCCAAGCGCAUGCAUUGCCUUUGUUACUGAAGGAUCCACCACAGCAUCUCAUCGCACAAGCUCAAUCAGGUACCGGUAAAACUGCGGCCUUUUCAUUAGCUAUCUUGAGUCGCAUCGACUCUAACAACCCUUCUACUCAGGCAAUCGUCUUAGCGCCUACAAGAGAAUUGGCUUUACAGAUUGUUGAAGUGAUGAGAAUGCUAGCCAAGUAUACAAGCGUUGUCAUUACCGAAGUCGUCCGCGAAAAAGCUUCUCUUGUAGAACCCAUAAUGGGUCAAAUCCUUAUUGGGACCCCUGGAACAAUGGAAGAUAGGCUCAAGCGAUACCUUCCUUAUGCGACGUUCGAGCAACGUCGUAGUACUACGAUAAGGGAGAAAUUUAUUGAAGCAUCCAAGGUUCGAAUGUUUGUUCUUGAUGAAGCCGACUACAUGCUUGACCUUCAAGGCCUUGGCUCGCAGGUGCAAGUUAUCAAAAGGCUCCUCCCAAAAGACGUCCAGCUUAUGUUUUUUUCCGCCACUUGGAACGACAAAAUCAUUCGCUUUGCAAAUGAUUUUCUCGGAGGUGCACCUUCGAACAGUAUACGCCUACAGACGUAUGAGAUGAUGCUUUCCAAUGUGGUUCAGUUUUAUGUUGAUUGUGAAAACGAAGAGGAUCGAUUAAAGGUCCUAGUUGCCAUGUAUAGCAUCUUGACCAUCUCUCAGAGCAUCAUUUUUGUAGAGCGACGUGCUGUAGCCGAAACGAUUACAGAAAGAAUGACUGAAAGGGGUCACCAUGUCUCUUUCGUUCAUGGAGGCCUAUCCCCAAACAAACGUGACGCUCGUAUGGAAAAAUUCCGUACAGCUCAAACAAAGGUGCUAAUUACCACAAACUUGUUGGCAAGAGGCAUCGAUAUUGAACGCAUUACGAUGGUGAUCAACUAUGACCUACCUAUAGCCUCUAAUGGUAGGGCUGAUACAACCACCUAUGUCCAUAGGAUGGGUCGCACUGGACGUUUUGGACGGACUGGCGUCUGCGUCAACUUCAUUCACGACGAAAAGAGUUAUGAGAUAAUGCAACAAAUCACGCAGUUUUAUGAUCAUGACCUUCACAAAAUCCCUACGGAUCUGCGCCAAGAGGAUGGUCCAACCUUGGCGGAGCAAGAAAGCGCACGGAUGGAUCGAAUGGAAGAAUUUAUCAAGAAACAUAUGAAAACUUGA